AUGCUGCCGGGCGACAGCGACUUCUUUCUGGCGCUCUUUGGUGCCCUCGCCCACGUCGCCCCGCUCGUUGACAGCCCGCAGUCCACAGCUCUCUCGGCCUUCUCCAGUCCAUCCGACGCGCUGCUGAAGACGCUCUCAGCCUCCGUUCCAACUGUCGGCCGCUGCAUUCUCGAGGAGAUUCGAGCGGACGUCCGCGCCAACAAGCUGCAGUUGCUGCAGCGCCAGCGCCUGGGCCUGAGGAAGGCGCGACAGGCCAAGCGAAGGCAGAUACAGCGGCUGAACGCAGUGGUCGCGGCGCAGUGUGACGCGGCGCUGCUGGACGCCGCGACGCACGACCAGAAAUUCGAGUUCUUCCUAACGGACACGCACGCCAAGGCGACUUUAUUCUAUGAGUGCAUUGCAGAGAUGAAGAAGGCGCUGGUGCGCAUGGAGAACGUCGCGGCAGACACCACGGAGGAGUCUGAAAGUAUGGUAAAUUGUCUAGCUGUGUACUUUACACUUUGGAACUCGAUCAUGUGGCACCUUGGCGAUGCCGUAUUGGCAUUGAGAUUGACUUAG